AUGAAGGAGGCAGAAGAGCGUCACCGAAAAGUCAGGCAAAGAUGCAGAGAUGCAGCACCAAGAGCUAGGAGACUCUCCUGGAAAGAAGCUGAGAAGCCCUCGGAACUGCUCUCUGUCAUGAAAAGCCAGAGCUGGCUUCCUCAGGACGGAGGUGUGCGGAGGCUCCUGUGUGCAGACUCCGGCUGCCAAACCUGCAAUGCCAUGGCUCUGGAGAUCCAGCAGUUGCUCUCGGGUGAGGACAGCCCGAUCUCUUCCCGUUCACCGGGGCCAUUGCCAGUCUCUCUGUCUUUUGAGCAGACUCUGGAGCAUCAUUCCCCACACUCACAACAGCCUUCACUUCCAUCUGCUACUCCCACGGUGUCACAACGAACGGCUCAGAGAUGCGUAACCCAGUCAGCUGCCCAGUCAGCCAGUUCAGUCAGCAGCCAAGAUGGCUGGGCUGAACACCACCAGCUAGGACAGGCAUUUCAAGGGCCAGCGAUGCCCGGGAACCAAGAGAUUAUGUCUUCUUCGCGGCUCGAGAGACCUGGGAUUCCACUGAACCAGCAGGAGGUGAUGCAGCACAACCUCAACCUUGUCUAUGGGAACCAGGGUCAGCAGCCUUUGCAUCCCCAGGUGUCUCUGCUUACCCUGAACCGAGAAAUCACUCACCAGACACAUCCGACGGCCUUGUCUAUUGUCACUGUCUUGCCUGCCCACCAGCCAUUCCUCGGUCCUGAAGUUCUGAGACUUCUUGAGGUACACGUAAAAAAAUGGAUGCAUUUCCAGAGGUGGGGGCUGCCCAGACGUGUGGAGGAGUCCUUGAGGCAGCUUAUGCCAAACCCACCAUUGGUUUACCAACCUGUAAAUAACCAACCAGUUUCUUUCAUCCAGAAUGAUACUUCUGAGUUCUCUGUAGAGACAUUUGGGACCAUUUCCUACCAGACUUGGGGUUCGUAUAUGGCUGGCCAGGCUACCCAGAUAUUCUGGGUUUCUGAAUGGUCCCUUAUAGACCCAAUACAAACACACCACUACCAGCAAAACCCAAAUCAUGUGUCUCUAGCCUUGCCCUCGCCAGCCCUUCAAGAUUUUAGUGGCCUCUGUCCCCUCCCUGGGCAGCAGCAGGCUAAUGACUCAGUGGGCCAUUUGCAGCAGAAAUACAGCCAGCUGUUCUGUGGCCUCCCUUCUCUGCACAGUGAGUCCCUAGUUGACACCUUCUUGGGCUCUCAAGGCCUCUCGACGAACGGGAGCUUGUCCAAGCUCCCCUUAAAGGACGCUAUUCUCUCCAAGGAGCUCUCCUUCCUUCCUCGGCUGCCUAAAACUCCACCUCAGUCAACCCCACCCUCUUGUCCAUCGUCCCCGAAUUGGGUCACUCCGUCGGGACACCAACCAGGUCAGACCAACGUCCCAUUUCUGACUCCGGCAGAGUGUGAAGCCUUGGAGUGGCACCUGAUGCAGAGGCAGCUCCAGCUUCAGUGGGGUUUGCCAGCUGUUUUCCAGAGACCUCAGCACAGCCAGAGCCCUGUGCAUUGUAAGCCUUGUGACAAAGCCCAGUCUCCUGAGAUUGUAAAAACUUUCUGGCCGGGAAAGCCCAUCUCUGACCUCACAAAGAAACUACUCUUUCCGGAGCAUGACCGGAGGCCGCUGGAAUUCCACCUCCAGAGACAGUUGAUUCACCAUCGCUGGGGCCUGCCCCAGAAGAUCCAGCAGUCCUUCCAGUUGCUCCUGUCCCCUGCUCACCAGCAGACUCUGUCCUGGAGCAGUGCAGCCCUAGCCAACGUGAGUGUUCCCCAGCCCUCAGCCCUAGAAGCCACUGGAGCCGGUGACCCUUUCUCACCCUUUGAGCACCCAGUGUCAGUCCCCAUGCCACCCUUGUUAGACCAGGCCAAGGCAAUUCUGCAGAGCCACAUCACCUCCAAAUGUGGGCAGAUCCACGAGGACAAAAUCCCUGUCCAUGUUUAUAGGUCUCGGGAGUGCCUCCUUCCUGGGGCUCUAGAAGUGGCUCCUUUCACCUGCAUCCCACAUAGCAAGCCCCCGGAGCUACAGGCAGCAACUGACCCUGACCUACAACAGAAAGUUAUGUCCUGGAUGCCAACAGCCCUUGAUCAGCAGCAACAGGCCUGCCCAGAUGCUGUCACUGAACAUCCUAAGCAGCCUCGAGUCCUGUCCAAGACAGCCAUUGAAAAACUGGAGACGACACUGCGGCACAAGUAUCUGGCCUUCUUGUCGGGGCUGCCGGCUCUUUAUUAUGUGGCCCUCUCCAAGGCUAUGGCCCCGGAAAUCACAACCACAGCACUCAUCACAGAGGUGGUGCCGGAGCCUGUCGAUAGCCUAACAGAACCUGUGCCUCAGAUGAUGUCGUGUGAAGAGCAGUGCCUAAGUCCUGAGCCCUGCUUUCAAGAUGCCAGCGAGACUCGUGCAGACAGUGCAGAUGAGUUCCCGGCUGAAUUGCAGGUGGAAGGAAUGAUCGAGAUGGAGCCUCUAGAAAGCCAGACACAGCCCGCCUGCCCCUACUCACUCAAGAAACCCAUCUUGGCAAAACUCAAUUUCCACCUGAGAAAGAAGACUCUAGAGAUGCAAUGGGGGAUACCCAUAAAGGCACGGGAGUCCAGGGAACAAGCUGUAGCCAUCGCAGAGAACACAUCCACUCAGGAGUCUCUUGGGAGUCUAAACAACCAAGGAAAAACAUUGUGCCAGGAACUCCCCAGCCCACCAGGCAUUGCUCCUGCCCCAGGUCCAGAAUGGCUCCACCUUAAAGAACAGUUGGCCUUUGAGUUAAAGGCAGCACGUCAGACCCAGAAGCAACCUGGUCACGGGGCAGCACCCCACGGUUCUGCCCAUUCGUCCUCCCCGAUCCCACAUCCCCAUGCAGACAUGACAGGGGCCCAGGUGCUUUGUGUUCAGCUGGAGGUCGGUGUGAACAACCCCAGCCUGGAGGAGUCCUGGAGCCCUGAGCCCCAGAGCCCUGGCGAGAGCAAGGACUCAGCCCAAGACCCCACACUGGCAGAAAAGAGACAGGACCCAGGGAAACUCAAAUCAGCAGGGGGCCGCGGGGAAGGAGAUGCAGGGUUUGCGCUCUCCUCAACUGGGGAGAAAAGCCAUCCUGCUAAAGCCCGGAGGCCAGAAGGGAUGCUUCUGAGCAGGACACCCCAUGGCCCCGGGCGACGAAAACGUAGCUUUCACCGUGAUGCUCCCUGUCGACACAUUCCCCAGAAUUGCUGUCAGCCUAAACUCCCACAGCCUCGUCCAGGAGUCCCUGGAAUGCGAAAAUCGAAGAAGAAUGACUUGCAAGACAGUCAAACCAGAAAUAAUGUCAUCCUCGAACCAUCAGGGAUUCGUCAGAAUGCCCAGCCUGGGGGCCCCCAGGUGUCACAGGGCCAGUCUUUCCUGGGCCAACUCAUCCAGCAUAAGCCACUGCAGGGCCAAACUUGGCAAGGUCAAGUUUGGCAGGCACAGGUGAUGCCAGCGCAUACUCACAAGAGACCCAGCCUUCCAGAAUCGGGCUUGAGAAAUAAGGUGAAAUCCUUUCUGCACUGUGUUAACCUUAAGACAAAAGGCAAAGGGUACGAGGAAUCCAUGUUCUCGACAGCUGAGCAAGUGGCCAACGCCAGGAAAGAAAAUGUAGCAAAGAGGCUGGCUCCAGCCAAAAGUCCCAUGGGGCGAGCUAAGACAGAGAAGACAAGAGGGGACCCCAAGGCCCAAUCUUCCCCCACCAAGAUGCAGGUGGGCCUAGGCUUGGAUGGCCCCCAUUUCCCAGAGAGUAAGCUCCGGCACCGCUCCCUCUCCCAUCAGCUGCACUCUGCCUCCAUCCUGGGCCACCCUCGCUACUGCCCACAGCACUGUCCUCGACUGGCCUGUGCCGCCAACCAUAGAGCCCACCCUAACUCUCAACUCUCACCUCAACGGGAAGCACUGGUCUGCUCAAGAAGGCCCAGCACAAUCAAAGGACUUUGGAGGCUCCCCAGCGUCUGCAUCCCUUGAAGAGGACCACUGCUCUCAUUGUCAUUCAUGUGCAGCUAGGAGACUCUCCUGGAAAGAAGCUGAGAAGCCCUCGGAACUGCUCUCUGUCAUGAAAAGCCAGAGCUGGCUUCCUCAGGACGGAGGUGUGCGGAGGCUCCUGUGUGCAGACUCCGGCUGCCAAACCUG